AGAGUAAACAUUUAGAAAACUACAUUAAAUACCGUAGAAAACGUCCAAACAAAAGAGAAAACAUUUAGAAAGCUACAUUAAACAUUAGAAAACGUCAAAACAAAAGAGUAAACAUGUAUACAACUAUAUUAAAUACAUUAGAAAACGUCAAAACAAAAAAGUAAACAUGUAUAAAACUAAAUUAAAUACAUUAGAAAACACCACAACAAAAGAGAAAACAUUUAACCUAUAAAACUACACAACACAAUUUGAAAACGCAACAAAAAAAGAGAAAUCAUUUAUAAAACUACAUACAAAAUGUUGUUUUUAUUUAUUAUUAAUGAAGUAAUUAAUAAAACAGCAGAAAGCGUGAAAACGCUCACGUCAAAGUGCGCGGUCGGCUAUUCACCGCGAACGUUGGGCAUCACCGGAAUUUCCGAGGGACCCUGAAGGCAGCAUAUUUCCGGGCACCAACCUGCAGGUAAUUCGCCUUUCCCUCUGUUCGUCAGUCGCACAGGUGAGUGUGGGUGUGCGCGCGCGCGCGUGUGUGUGUGUCGACUCGUCCUCUCUUGGGUCAAAUGCCGAAACCUCCAGAUGACGCAGUGAAUGCCGGGCGGUUGGACUGAGUCCCCCGGGGGACUCCCUAAAAACAACAACAACAACAACAACAACGAGCGGAGCUAACCGUUUGUAACCGUUUGUAACCGUUUGAAGACGCAGCGGGGCUUCGUGAUUUGAUCCGUGAAGCCGUUAAGCCUCAACGUGAAGGAAAGUCGCUGUCGCUCGAGGACACACGUCGUCGCGCAGCUCCGCUCCCCCUUUUCGGACCCCGCAGUGCAAACCGCCGCCAUGGCCGCCGCGGCCGAGUUGGAGCAGUUCAGCGUCCUCCAAGAGGAGCUCACCUGCCCGGUGUGCCUCGACCUCUACCGCGACCCCCACCUGCUUCCCUGCGGCCACAACUUCUGCAAGUCCUGCAUGGACCGCCUGAAGCGGCAAGGCGACCGCGGUCGCUUCCGCUGCCCGGAGUGCCGCGACAGCCACCGGUGCGGCGUCAGCUUCCAGAAGAACUUCAAGCUCGCCAACAUCGCCGACGACUACCGCCGCCUCCGCCGGGCGACCGCCGCGGCGUCGAGAUCCAGAGAGCCGCCGCCGUCGUCGUCUUCUCCGCAGGCGGAGGCGGCCCGGAGUCCGACCGCGGUCCCGUGCGACUACUGCCCUUCGGUCGGCGUCGGCGGCGAAGGGCCUUCCGCCGGCGGCGAGGACGGCGCCGCCGCCGCGCCGUCAUACGCGGUCAAGACGUGCCUGAAGUGCGAGGUGUCGAUGUGCCAGGAGCACGUGAAGCCUCACCUGGAGCUGCCGGCGUUCCGCGAGCAUCCGCUGAUGGAGCCGAUGAACGACCUCUGGAAGAGGAAGUGCCCGGAUCACGACGAGAUCUACAGAUAUUACUGCAUGGAGGACAAGACGUGCGUGUGCAACGCGUGCACCAUCGAAGGAGGGCACUACGGACACACCAUCAAGACCCUGAGGAACACCAUGAAGGACCUCAAGGGCUCGCUGGAGAAGAAGCUGCACAAGGUGGAGAGGAAGUACAGCCUGGCCGAGAAGAAGCUCCAGGAGCAGAAGGAGAAGGAGAGGCAGAACAAGAAGUUCCUGGACGACUCUGAGCAGUUCCUGGCGCGGCUCGGCGAGGACAUGAAGGCCGCGAUGCUGCGCUUCGUGGAGCAGCUGCGAGAAUGCACGCGCAGCCACUGCUCGGCCAACGGGCCGCUGAUCGAGAAGAACAUCUCCCGGAUCGGCCAGGACCAGGCCCGGCUGCGGGAGGUCCGCUGCGGCAUCGAGGGCCUCGUGCAGGAGAACGACCCCUUCCGCUUCGUCGAGGCAUACAAGACAACAGGUAAACAGUGCCGUCGGCGCCUCUCUAAAAAGGUCCAAUCAGAUUUCUUUUCUUGGAUCCAUUAUCAUCAGGUCGUCUUUCAGGUGACCAGCUGGAGGAGGAGCAGGAGGAGAAUGAGGAAGAGGCUCUGGAGGAGGAGGAGGAGGAAGAGGAGGAGGAGGAGGAGGACGACAGCAGCUUGGAGGAAAUGAGGAGCGAGGGGGAGGAGGAGGAGGAGGAAGAGGAAGAUGACGACGAUGAUGAAGGACGUGACCUCCUUUUCACCCCGGAAGAGGACGAGGAGGAGGAGGAAGAUGACGACGAUGAUGACGAUGACGAUGACGGAGAAGAAGACGAGGAAGCGCCAGGAGUUUAACUCGGGGACAGGAUUAGUAUCCAUAUAUUUUUACAGUCAUAAAAGCACUUUGGGCAGAUGUUCCAGGUGUGAUGUCUGAGCGUCACGGUGCAGGACUCGAGCAGCUGACCUCCCCCCCCCCCCGUGGCCCGGAGGACUUGAACGCCUCUCACCGAAAUUUGGCAAAAAAACCUCUCUGCGUCUCUGUCGCAUGUCUUUGACGCCAGAUUUUAUACCACUUUGAAGAAGAAGAUUUAUGAGGAAUUUGCCUUAACAGAAUUGAUUUAGAUUUGAUCCGAUUUGUUUUGGGAACUUUCACCUGCAUUUUUUUAUAUAGCUGGUGCUGGAGACGGAUUAAAAACUAUUUUAAUUCC